GCAGAGUGAAAGAGAGGGAGGGUGAGUGAGAGGGAGAAAGAAAGAGAGAGAGAGAGGCUGGCACUUUCCUUUUCUGUUGUAAUCCCUCAGUCCUGUCUCUCUUACUCUCUGUCUGCUUGUCGAUGCUCUUUACAUUCGGAGGAAACUUCAGACAGAAAUUUUAGGAUUUCCUUGUCAAAUUGGGACACCAAAGAUUGGAUAUAAACUGCAGUUUGGCCCAGUUUUGGUGUGAAAUCUGAAGACAAGAUCCAAGGACUCCACUAGCAAAAUCCCCAAAAUCAAAACCAGGACCUGAGUUGAACCCACAGUAACACACACAGAGAACUUCUUAAGCUAAUUUAUGUACAAGAUACAUUUUCCUAGCAAGCUGCACAGCAAAUGAGUUGACUUUGUGAUGCAGACUAUUGACACUAUCAAUUGUAUUUGACAGUAAAAGUGAAUGAAACUUGAAAAUUAAUCUACACAUUUCUGUGAAAAACCAGACCAGGCAUAACUUAAAGCCUUCAACUUUGUGAAAGAUAAGCUGUUAGCCUAGUAGGCCCAGUUAGCCAAGAUGGCUGACCCCUACCAAAACAACACAUACCAGCAAGGAGGGGGUGACAGAUAUGGGACAUAUGGAGAAGGUCAUGAUGGAUACGGUUACCAGGCAGACUACCCUCCCCAGGAGGAGGAUGCAGCAAGUGACGCUACUGAAGGACACGAUGAAGAGGAUCAGAUGUACGAGGGGGAAUAUCAGGGGAUCCCACAUCCGGAUGAUGUGAAGGCUGCACAGAGAGCUGCACGAACCAAAAGUCACACAGCCAGCAGUGCAGCCUCUGAACUUGCAGAGUUAUCUGAACAGUACGAGGACAUCAUGGAGGACUGUGGACAUGGGAGGUUCCAGUGGACGCUCUUCAUAGUCCUGGGACUCGCUCUGAUGGCUGAUGGAGUCGAAUGUUUUGUGGUCGCCUUCGUUCUGCCGUCUGCAGAAAAAGAUCUGUGUCUGUCCAAUGGAGAGAAAGGAAUGUUGGGUCUGGUGGUCUUUCUCAGCAUGAUGGUGGGAGCAUUCUUGUGGGGCGGACUGGCAGACAAAGUCGGCCGUCGACGCUGUCUUAUUGUGGCAUUAGCCAUAAACUGUGUCUUUGCCUUCUUGUCCUCGUUCGCUCAGGGCUACGGCUUCUUCCUCUUCUUCAGGCUGCUGUCCGGCAUUGGCAUCGGUGGCACGGUGCCGAUUGUGUACUCCUACUUCUCUGAGUUUCUUCAGAUGGACAAGAGAGGAGAGCAUUUGUCUUGGUUGUGCAUGUUUUGGAUGAUUGGUGGGAUCUAUGCUUCGUUCACAGCCUGGGGAAUCAUACCCAGAUACGGCUGGGGGUUCAGUAUGGGCACUGAGUUCCAGUUCCACAGCUGGCGUGUGUUUGUCCUGGUUGCGGCUCUUCCUGCGAUUGCCUCUUUGGUUGGACUCACCUUCAUGCCUGAAAGCCCCCGCUUCCUCCUGGAGAAUGCCAAGCAUGAUGAGGCGUGGAUGAUCCUGAAGCAGGUCCAUGACACCAACUGGAGAGCCAAGGGACAGCCUGAAAAAGUCUUCACUGUGACUCAUAUUAAGGCUCCAAAGACUGCGGAGGAUGAGUUUAUUGAGAUCCAGGCUGCUACAGGAACAGCUGUACAGCGAUGGGCUGUUCGCUCACUAACACUCAGUAAACUGGUGUUCAAGAACGUGGCAUCUCUCCUGUCUGCAGAGCUGAGGUUGGCAACACUCUUCAUGGCUAUUAUCUGGUUCUGCAUGGCUUUCAGUUACUACGGUCUGGCUGUGUGGUUCCCUGACAUGAUCAAACAUCUUCAGUAUGAAGAGUAUAUGUCCAAGGUCAAGGUAUUCCAUAGAGAACGUGUGGAGAACUUCCAUUUUAACUUCUCAUUAGAGAACCAGAUCCAUAGAGAAGGGGAGUACAUCCGUGACAAGUUCAUCAAUAUAGAGAUGAAGUCAGUGAAGUUUGAGGACUCACUGUUUGAAGACUGUCACUUUGAGGACAUCAAGUCCACAGACACGGUGUUUGAGAACUGCACCAUCCGUUCCACUGUCUUCUAUAACACAGACCUUUGGGAGGAGAAAUUCAUCGACUGUAAGAUGGAGAACGCCACCUUUGAGCACAACAAACAUGGCUGCCACUUGGACACUGUCGAGGAGAAUGAUGUUCUCAUUUACCUGGUCAGCUUCCUUGGCAGUCUGGCUGUGUUGCCGGGGAACAUCAUCUCAGCCCUCUUCAUGGAAAAGAUUGGAAGGGUCAAGAUUAUAGGUGGUUCUAUGCUCAUAUCAGCAGGCUGCACCUUCUUCCUGUUCCUGAGCUUCAGCCAAUCAGCCAUCAUUGCCCUGCAGUGUCUGUUCUGUGGCGUCAGUGUAGCUGCAUGGAACGGUAUCGAGGUGGUGACAGUGGAACUGUACCCUGCUUCCAAAAGGGCCACUGCUUUUGGCGUGCUGAAUGCUCUGUGUAAGCUGGCAGCCGUGCUGGGCAGCUCCAUCUUUGCCAGCUUUGUGGGCAUCACCAAAGCCAUCCCAAUCCUUCUUUCCUUCUGUGCACUGGUGUGUGGAGGCCUGGUGGCCCUCAAACUACCCGACACGCGGGAGAAAAUCCUCCAGUGAGCUUUUCUGAGAUAGAUCUGCGUAGUAGGAUUCAUAAGUUGAGGGAGAGGCCAAAACCUAUCCAGUUUGAAAUGGAUUUCAACUACACUCUGCAUUUCCGAGGAAAGUGAGAAUGGAUUUAACUCACAUCUGUACAUUUUAAAUGUUGCUCUUAUUCUUUCAUGUGGACCAUUUUCAUGUUGUACAGGUUUCAUAGAGGGUGGGGGUGUCUUCCCGCUGAUAAUGGCAAUCAAAGGAGGCAUAGGGUUUCACAUGUUUGGUGUUGCGUCAAAUAUGCGUCUGAUGUUUCUUUUUUUCAUUUGGACAAGAAGAUGUGAUUCUGUUUAGCUGCACUGGAUUAACUAACCACUGGAUGAUGAUGAUGUGAUUGAGAAAAAUGCUAUUUUUGUAUAAGUCUAGCUUUAGGCUUGAAUCACAUAAAUGUACAGCUUAACCUAUCAUCUGCUUCUUGUCUUUCUGUCCAUGCAUGAUAAGAAUGAUACCAGAAAGAAGCCAAUUGUUUUAUGAUUGUAUAAACGAUAACUUAAACUUAAAAAGUCAAGUGAGAUAAACGAUCCAAACAACUCUGAGAAGAGUAAUUUGACACACAAAAAAGAAAAGAAUUCACCUGUUCUAAAGUAACAAGUGGUCAAGUUGAAAAUAAAUUAGGCCUGCUUUGGAAAAAUGUAUCAAAUCCUUUUUAAUUUGCUUGCUUUGCUUUCUCGUGUUCUAUAAUCAUGAAAAUCAUUUUCUUGGUCAACAAACGACUCUACUUGUUUUAGGUUUUUUUUGUUGUCAACACUGAUGCUUCGCCCCAUCUCAUAAUCAGCACUCUCAACAGCAAAUGUCAACACUUAACAAGCUACAGCAGAGUUCUGGUGUCUGCAUGGAGGGUUUGUUUGUUUUUAUUUUCUUGCACAGUUUGAUGUUGAAUAUGUAUUAGUUGUACUACAGAUGGUUCUGUGCUGCGACUGGUUGUGUAAAUGACUGCAUGUUUGUCUCAUGUUUUUCUCGGCUGUUUCAAUGUGUCUGACAUAAUGUGUACGUUUAAAGUGGUCUGACUGUGUUUUGUAUCACAAAAAGAAACUGCAGCACUUUGACACUGAUAUAAGUACUGGUUGGAUUUACAGGUUGGAUGUUGUUGUACCAUUGAGAAGAUACUGCACUGUCUUCCAAAGAGAAAGAGACUAUUUUGUUUGUAUGGAGGAUAUCGUGUUACUUACUGUCCAGAUGAGGCAGGUCAUCACUUCUACCUUCCUUUGAUGUUGUUUGCUUUGCUUUGAUCAAAAUUGGACUGCCAUAGCUAAAAAUGUUUCAAUAUUGGAUGAAAUUCCCCUACCGGUGUCUAUAUGUGGCACUAUCACCACCACUACUCUUUAAGAACUCUUAAAAGAGCUAAAAAGUUCAGACAGGAUGAGCUUUAAUUUUUAUGCAUGGCCAUGAAGUCCUCAUACACACACAUAGAAGCAUUGGUUAGAACCAAAAAUGUGAGCUACUUCUGGUACCGACGGAUACAGUACAUGCAAAAUAACCUUUUUAGGCAGUAUCAAGUAAUAGCAUGACAUCAGCAAAUCCCUUUAAUAAAAAUUUGUGGUAUAUAAUUUAAGUCACUGCCUGAAUUGUUGCAAAUGUUUUAAUUUUUGUACAUGAAAUGUAUUUAAAAAUGUACCUGACUUAAAAGUGUUGAGGAAAUGUCAUACACAACUUCAAGCUUUGUCUUUUGUCAAAGCUUUGAUAAAGAUAGACGGUCUUCAGACAGUGGUGUACUCAGACUGUUUGAGGCACAGGGGUGAAAAAAGGACAUCAGCUGUACGCCUUUGGGCACUAGUGUGCAGAAGAUUGUAGUUAAUGAACUGCUAAAGCAGUGUGUUGAAGACCCUCUGAUGAGCUCCUCAGUUCUUCACUUUUCUUUCUCUUGAUUAUAUUCUGUAAGAUAGUUGCAAAACUGGACAGGUUCUUGUCUUUAAAUUUAGGGUGGGCUGUUUAAAUUAAAGGUAGGAUAGAGGGUCCUCCCCCAGGAAAGCUUGUGCAUGUACCAUUUAAAUCCCUGCACUCACGAGAUAAUUUGUGCAACAAUUUGUUGUAGAAAAUCUAUUUUAUAACAGGAAAACACUUGAUUAUUAACACAUGUUUAACAUAAAAGGAAGCUGCUUUCUGCAUGAAGUUCACAUUCAAGCAAGAUUCAAUCUGCUAUUUUUCACAGGGUCAUUUUAUGACUGAUUUAAUGUAACUCUUACACAUAAUCAGAAUUAUGUUAACUGGUUUAAAUAUUAAAUGUAAUUCAACUGAAUUAAAUAAUUUUUUUCUAAGGUAUUAAUCAUAACUCACAUACCUUACAUAACAACCAAAUAUAUAUAAAAAGGUUAAAUUACCAAAGGGUAUUAUGUUUUAUUCACAAUAAUGGCAUGUUAGAGUGUUUAUAAUAUAUCAUCUGUCAGAGUAGCUUUGUUAGGGCAUUUUAUAGCUUUUUCAUCCAUUCAAGAAAGCACUUCUCCUGCACACUCUGAACAUCAGGACACAAUGUAGGGGAUGGGAACUGUCCCUCCUUUGAGUACACCACUGUCAUACAAGAUAAACCCAUGGUCAAAUGGCAGAAAAAAAGUUCAACUUCAUUAAUUGGUGUCUUUGUCGAGUUGGACCCGUCAUGUGUGUCUGACCCUGCUGUAAAGCAGAAAUAAAAAGCCAUAAUUUGGUCUUUGUUUUUAUAAUUAGUUUUUUAUCAUGUUUUUUUAUUUCAUUUGUUGAGGUGAAUUCUUUGUGUGCAAAAAGUUUUUUUGUUCGAUAUACUUUUGGUUGUUGAUGUAUGUAUUUGUGGCUGUGACAAAAUCAAGUGAAAUCAAAUAAAUGAAUUCAUCAAUGCACCACAU